AUGGUCGUUUGGCUCCGAACUCUCCCGAUCUGCCUGCUCUUUGCUGGCUCGAGGGCUGAUCAAAAUGGGAAUAACAAUCCUUAUGGGAGCAACUUAAAUUAUUAUGCAAGUAAAUACGGAAAUGGCGACGAUGAUGGCUGGAAUGAUGAUCAAUACAACUAUGACGAUGCUUACGCUUCAAGUGGUUCAUACAACAGUAGUACAUACACUGGAGACGAUACGUACGGUGCAUACUCUUCGCAAUCCUAUUCAAAUCUGGUCUAUUCGCAAUCUGGUGAACAAGUGAGAGACGCGAUCGUUGAGAACUGCAAACGACCAACAAUUUCAGUGAAUACAGUUACUAUUCUUUGCGACAGUCCUUACACCUACUACUAUGGAAAUGGCGCCCACCGUGGCAGCACAGUCUGCGACUACGGAGACAUGGCAACAGUUUUGGUCAACUUUAAUGUGAAGUCUAAAAUCCGUACUGUGGACAAGGCAUACAUGACAAUUGCAAUCUAUGCCCAAAAGUCAGAACAAGAACUCCUUUUUGCAGCAAUGAACAUUGACAUGGCCGAUAUUGUAGGCAAGAAAGUCAGCAACAAGGGAAACUACGAGUUCAGCAUGCGAGCCGUGCUCGCGAAAGCAGCCUCGUCAGACAAUUCUCAGUUCGUGCCUAGCUUCCAGAUGGGAUUUUCAACGAUGCAAGACGAGGGAUACAAUCUUGGAGGAGUUAAUAUCAACUGCAAUUACAACGUUCGGACGCAACCGUAUAGCUCCAAGUUCUAUAGAGCAAAGCUGAACAGCAAGAACAAAUUUGGGGCAGGUCCUUCGCUUCACUUCGCCUCAUUCGGUUUCAUGAUCGGUGUGGCUCUUCUAGCUGGAACCUUCUUGUUUUUCUACAACAAAAAGAGGAUAGCUAUGCAAAAACAAGCAGAACGAGACGAUGAUGACGAAAAUGCAGACAACUAUGUGAAUGCAAAGGAUGAUCCAGAGAAUUCUAUUUUCAAGCAAGCUUCUUUACUUUUCAAGUGA